UCAGACCGGGACAGACCGGGACAACCCGGGACCUGAGACAGGGACAGACCGGGACCUGAGGCAGGUACAGACCCCCAGCAGGGACACACCGACCCCCACCAUGAGGCUCCUCCUGGCCGCUGCCCUGCUCCUCUCCGCGGCCUCGUACCUCGUCUACCUGCCGCUGCCGAGCGGAGUGUGUGAGCCCUGGAAGCUGAUGCUGCUGGACGCGCUGUUCCGGAGCUGCAUGCAGGCGAGCGAUGUGGCUCACUCUCUGGGUCUGUGCCACCGCGUCCACCUGCUGAACCGGGUGGUGUCCUGGCUGGAGGACACAGAGGCCCGCUCCUGCGCCGCCGUGCACGUGAGCGACUCGGCGCUGGGCGGCGUCCCCGCCCGGGUCUUCCAGGCGAGGGGCGGGGCCAAGCUGAAGAGAGGAAUCAUAUAUUUCCACGGAGGGGGGUGGGCCCUCGGCAGCGGACGGAUGAGAUCCUACGACCGUCUUUGCCGGAAAAUGGCGGCGGACCUGGACGCUGUCGUCAUGUCUGUGGAUUACCGUCUCGCCCCGGAGGCGGUGUUCCCGGCUCAGUACCACGAUGCGUUGGCGGCGGCGCGGGACUUCCUGUCUGCCGAGGUUUUAAGGCGCCACAGCAUCGACCCGGAGAGAGUGUGUGUGUCUGGAGACAGCGCGGGGGGGAACCUGGCCGCCGCUGUGGCUCAGGAGCUCGGCUCCGACGACAGCGUGACCACGAGGUUCAAGGCGCAGGCGCUGAUCUACCCGGUGCUGCAGGCGCUGGACUUCCACACCUCGUCCUACCAGCAGAACCAGGCCGUGCCCAUCCUCUACCGGCCCAUCAUGGCUCGCUUCUGGCUGCAGUACCUCGGCGCCGACGCUUCCCUGGCGCCGAUCCUGCUCGCCAACAACCACAGCUCGCUGGACCAGCCGGCCAUCGGCGCCGACACCCGCUCCAAAGUGGACUGGACCUCUCUGCUGCCGGGGGAGCGCAGGAAGCACUACAGGCCGGUCGUCAGGGAAACGGGAUCCCCGGGGCUGCUGGGUGAGUUGCCGGCGCUGAUGGACGUGAGGGCGGCGCCGCUGCUGGCGGAGCAGAGGGUUCUGGGUCGGGCGCCCAAAGCGUACGUGAUGACGUGUGAGUUUGACGUGCUGAGGGACGACGGGCUCAUGUACGUGAGGCGGCUGCAGGACGCCGGCGUCCCGGUGACCAGCGACCACUACGAGGACGGGUUCCACGGCUGCAUGGUGUUCGCCUACCUGCCCAUGAUGUCCGGCGUGGGACAGAGGAGCAUGAACAACUACAUCCGCUGGCUGGACCAGAACCUGUAGACCAAUCAGAAUGCGUGCCUGGAUUAGAACCUUUAGACCAAUCAGGACGCGUGCCUGGACCAGAACCUUUAGACCAAUCAGGUCGCAUGCCUGGACCAGAACCUGUAGACCAAUCAGGACCAGGCCUUGACCAGAACCUUUAGACCAAUCAGGACGUGUGCCUGGACCAGAACCUUUAGACCAAUCAGGACCAGGCCUGGACCAGAACCUUUAGACCAAUCAGGACCAGGCCUGGCCAGAACCUUUAGACCAAUCAGGACCAUGCCUGGACCAGAACCUUUAGACCAAUCAGGACUCGUCCCUGGAUUAGAACCUUUAGACCAAUCAGGACCAGGCCUGGACCAGAACCUUUAGACCAAUCAGGACGCAUGAAACCAAAGGACCCUGAAACAGGAGCUCUGGUCUCUGAUCCGCGGAGGAGACGCGUCUUUAUUUAAACCGUGAGGACGUGAAGACUGUUUCCUGUACGAUGUGAAGUUUAACAACAUGGAAACUCGGUCAACAACUCAGAAUCCAAAGCUCACGAUCUAAACGCUGCAACGUGACUAUGAUCGUUUCCGAACUUGCGAUAUGAUUUAUAAUUUUAUCCACUUGCAGUCGAAUCGUCCUUGAAAACGUCGGAUUUUGCACGUUUAAAAAAUAGCUUCGACUGUCACGUUCCCGUGGUGAUAAAGAUGAGAUUGAGGCAGAUUUAGUUCAUCUUCAAAAACUUUAUAUCAUUGCUAAUUCACUUUAAAUUCUGAAAUUCAUGUGCUUAACUGCAUUUUGUGGACGUGCCGACGCGGAUAAAAAGCUGAAAAUCACUGGACCUGAAGAUCAGAAGUUUAAUAAACCACAAAUUAAAAUGCACUGAUUCAUAAAACCAAAAAAAUCUGAUGUCACCAAAGACUAUGCUUUUAGAAAAUGUUGAUUUAUUUAAAGAAGAAAAUCCUGUAUGAUUUAAGUCCAAUAGGUCUUCUUAUGAUGUUAGUAAUAAUAAUACCAAUAAUACUAAUGAUGAUGAUAAUAAUAAGAACAUGUGAAAAAAUACAAACUAACUACUGAUUGUAAACUAUGACACUACUUCCUGUGGCAUUCCAAAAUAUGAGCUAAGAGAAAAUAAUUUAAAAUUAUCUUGAUUUCACUUUUUUAUUUCCACUAUUUAAACAGUUUUAUCAGAAACACAAAGACUGUUGUGUAGAAAUUUGUAUUUAAAAAUUCAAUGAUGCAAAACUCGGAGUUUACCACUAUAUUAUUUAACUAUGUACUGUUUGAUAUUUAAUAUCAGGGACAAUCAGCAGCUUAUCUACUUUCACUGAGGCGUCUUUAUUUGCUGUAAACUGAGACAACGUUUGGGGAAGAACUACAUUUAAAUCCAAAUUUCUCAUAAACAAAAGUUUCCUUCAGUAAAAACGGUAAAAAAAUAUAAAUUUAAGAUUAACAAACUACCUAAUAAGCUUUUGCUCGGCUUGGUGUAACGAUCAUAGAGGAAUGAAAGAUGGUUUUAUUCUUUUAUGAUUCACUGAGACACUGAAUCAAUCCUGUGUGUGUGUGUGUCUGUGUGUCUGUCUAUGUGUGUGUGUGUGGUAAAAGUGUGCGUUCACAGCUGUGUAUACUCACUGGAUUGUGCAAUAAUUAUAUAUUUGGAAGCGUCUCUCGCUCUAUGACGAUCUGAUGACCACUGAGUGUCGGGCCAACGCCACGGCGACCUCCAUGAUGCUCAUGAUGAAAGCUGUGAAACAAAUGAGAGAUUCACUGUCUCUCCCUGGGAGACAAGUCGUCCCCUUCGGACUAUCGUGUUCCCCCGUCCCUCCUCGCCCCCCCCACACCUCUGAGACCGGCUCUAAUCAAAGUAACGAAGUGACGACAGCGAGCGUCGGACAGGGUUUUGGCCCCGGGCCCCGAACGCCCCGGAGCAGAGAGCAUGACAUCACCACACAUGUUGACGUGGUAUCAGUGAUCAUCACGAGGCGCCAAUUUCCGUUCCGUUCUGACAGUGAAAAGAUGCCUUACAGUUUAUUCCCAGCAUGCAAUGCAAACGACCUUACGCACACAUUUCUAGAAAGCAGUGACUUUGUUUAACACGCGUGUGCAUUGAACUCAGUCCCUUUUAAAAUCUGUUCAUGGAUUUCGACUGCGAAGAAAAGCUUUCAGAAGUUUCUCGGUGCAGUAAUUUUAAUGGCAUGUGUGAAAUUGUGCAUAAAAUGGUUUUAUAUUGGAUAAAUAAGAUUUUAUUAUCCGUCUGGGUUUUGCCACAGGUUGUCUCGGCCAAGUUAAAACACAGAAACGGCCCCAGAUGUGCUCCGGCCGCACAAAUACAUCCCAUAAAGAAGCCGAUUUAUUCGUGGCGUUCGUCUGGUGGUGAUGAGUCGGGAUACGUCUCGUUUUCUUUAUGUUUUAUUCUUUUCCACAAUGUUAUGCACGUUCAUCACCAUGUGUUUUGUCUGAGCAAUGUGCUGGAACUCCGGAAUCAAACCAUAUCUAUAUCCUUCAAAUUGAUUUUAGACUUGAAGAAAAGACGAGACAGGUAAUUUAGUCACAAUAAGAAAAUAUAAAUAUGGAAAUCUAUUUUUUUUCUUAUCUACAUUCCUUGAAAAUCUUGUGUAUUAAGUACAUGUUAAUUGUGUGACACUGAAUUUUAGUGAGAAAUGAGGGGAAAUAUCAUAUUGAUUCAUGUUUUAUUUUCCGGUUACACUUUAUUUAAAACAUUUCUUUAAAUGUAUUUGUACGAAUCUAAGAUGGCAUUUUUUCAAGUGUUUAUAAAUGUUGAGUAUUUGUCAGCAAAUAUUACUUCUAUGACAAUAUAUAUACUUUAUAUUAUUAUCUUUUAAAACGUCAUCUGUCUAUAGAGCAACUUUCAUAUAUGUGAACUCGCUGCUUAUAAAUACAUUACACUGAAAAAAAUGUAAAAAAAAUUACUUAAAUUGGUGACAUGCAAGUUAGUGAUUAAAGUUAUAUUAAAACAUUUAAUAACUCAUUUUAA